AUGAUUCCACAUGUUUGUACAGUUGAGCAAGAGUAUUUCAUGGAGUUAAUGAGUAACGUUGGACGCUCUACCGAAGAUCUUCUCCAGAGAAUAAUGAACAGCUUCAUGAAUCAAGGAUUUGCGGAAGAGUUCAAAAUCAUUGAAAUGCAACAAUCCGUUCGCACGUUCAUCAACGAAGGCAGCGAACUCGUCAAAGGCACCCACAAUGAGAAGCACGCCGGAUUCGCGCAGGCGCUCUAUUUUGCCGGACUCGAAGCCGACGACUACCUCUUGAAGCUGGAGUACCGUGCCGAGGCCGCAUUCCGCAUCACUGAUGCGGAAAUUGACGUCGGCCGCGGUAAGGUUGAGGCUGUUCAGCAGUGUCUGGCCAAUCUCCGCACUUCGAUCGCUUCGGAGAGCUCGCCUGCCCCUCCUCAAAAAUAA